AUAAACCCAAUUGUUUUCUCAACCAUCUUGACAACCGCCAUCCUAGGGACUAUAAUUGUAAUAACAAGCUCACACUGAUUAAUAAUCUGAAUCGGCUUCGAAAUAAACCUAUUAGCCAUCAUCCCCAUCCUAAUAAAAAAUUUUAACCCACGAGCCAUAGAAGCAGCAACCAAAUACUUCCUAACACAAACCACCGCAUCAAUACUCCUCAUAAUAGCAAUCAUCAUCAACCUUAUAUUCUCAGGCCAAUGGACAAUCACAAAAAUCUUCAAUCCAACAGCAUCUAUCAUUAUAACAUCAGCUCUCGUCAUAAAACUCGGACUUUCCCCAUUCCACUUCUGAGUACCCGAAGUUACCCAAGGCAUUUCACUAAUAUCUGGCCUAAUCCUGCUCACAUGACAAAAACUAGCACCAAUAUCAGUCCUAUACCAAAUUGCACCUUCCAUUAACCCAAAUAUACUAAUGGCUACGGCCCUCCUUUCUAUCCUAGUAGGAGGGUGAGGAGGCCUCAACCAAACUCAACUACGAAAAAUCAUAGCAUACUCAUCAAUUGCCCAUAUAGGAUGAAUAACAGCUAUUCUAAUAUAUAACCCAACAAUAACAAUACUCAACAUGCUAAUCUACAUCAUAAUAACACUCACUACAUUCAUAUUAUUUAUACUCAACUCCUCAACCACAAUACUAUCACUCUCCCUCACAUGAAACAAAACACCCCUAAUUACCUCGCUCAUCCUAAUCACCAUACUAUCACUAGGAGGUCUACCACCACUAUCCGGGUUCAUCCCCAAAUGAAUAAUCAUUCAAGAACUAACAAAAAAUGACAGCAUCAUCCUACCAACAUCCAUAGCCAUUAUAGCCCUACUCAACCUAUACUUCUAUAUACGCCUAACCUACUCCACCUCACUAACAAUAUUCCCAUCAAUAAACAACAUAAAAAUAAAAUGACAAUUUGAAAACUCAAAACGAAUAAAUUUCCUACCUACACUAAUCAUCAUAUCAACCUUGCUCCUCCCACUAACACCAAUCAUAUCCAUUCUGAACU